CUCUUGUCCUGUGGCUGUGGGAGCGGCGAUGGGGGUGGUUAUUCGAGUCCUCACACUACCAUAGCUGGCGCUGUCUGGGCAUGAGCUAUAUGUCGGCUAGAGUACUGACUGGCUCUACUUUAGCUGGCGAUAGUUUAGGCCGGGGCAUGUGGCAUGGCAAGGCUUGUAGCGCUCCAGUAAGGCUUGUAGCACGCCAGUAGUCGGCUAGAGGUAACUUAUAGUCGUUGUCUGUUGUCUGUUGUCUGUCUCCUUUUUUAUUUCCUUACAAAAUCUGUAUCGGGUCACAGCUCUGUUUGAAGCUGAAGUCGGGUUCUGCGGUUGAUAUCACGGGUAUCUGCCGUCGAACGACUCGCUGCGCUUCCCAUUACACAUAUCUAUCUACGACCACCCCUUGCGGCAAUGGAUUGAGCCUCGACCCAACCCGUCGCCACAAUGGAGAAAGACUCCCCUCCCACUCCGCCCCACGGCGACACCUCGACCCCUCCCCCCGCCUCCCUCCCCGAAAAAGAGAAAGACCUCGACUCCAACCUCGAGAGUCCAUCCCGUAGCACCUCCCACGAAGCCUCGCGCCUCCACCCCAUCAGCCUGCCCAACAACGCCCUCCAGCCCAUCCAAUCCUCUCACAGCGCGCAGCUCUCCCUCUCCUCCGUCGUCCCAGUCGAUAUCCGUGUCCGCGCUCUCGGCUUAAGCGUCGAUACUCACCCGCGCAACCUCCACAGCGCCGAUGGGCUCACGAAUCUCUUCCGCCCCAAGCCCCUGGCGGAGUUGCGCUGGCGCCCGCUCCUCGAUAAUGUCAGUGCGGAUAUGGAGCGGGGCACGCUGACGGCGAUUAUUGGGGGCAGUGGGAGCGGGAAGACGACGAUGCUGAAUCUGAUGUCGGGGCGGAUGGGGGAUGGGGGGGGCAGUCUACGCGCGAGGGGCUCGGCAACGUUUAAUGGCGGACUGCUUGGGGGUGUGCGGACUGCUUAUGUGAUGCAACAAGAUGUGCUGCUGCCGACACUCACGGUGCGAGAAACGCUACAGUAUAGUGCUGACCUGCGGCUGCCGCCACCGACGACAGCGGAGGAGCGGCGGAGAGUGGUGGAGGAGGUUAUUCUUGAGCUGGGACUGAAGGAAUGCGCGGACACGCGCAUUGGGACGCAUGUGCAUAAGGGGUGCUCGGGCGGGGAGAAGCGGCGCACGAGCAUUGGUGUGCAGCUGCUAAGCAACCCGAGCGUGAUGUUUCUGGACGAGCCGACUACAGGGCUCGAUGCAACGAGCGCAUAUCAGCUUGUACGCACGCUGCGGGGGCUGGCAGCGAAGGGGCGGACGAUUGUGAUGACUAUUCAUCAGCCGCGGUCGGAAAUUUAUGGAGUGUUUGAUAAUCUGGCCAUCCUGACGAAGGGCUCGCCGGUGUAUAGUGGGCCAGCGGAUGGGUCAUUGCCGUAUUUUAAGGAGAAGGGCUACUCACUGCCGCCGUUUGUGAACCCGGCCGAGUUCCUCAUCGACCUUGCGGCUGUAGAUAACCGGUCUCCAGAGCUGGAGGAAGCGUCGUUGGAAAAGGUGCGUCAUUUGAAGGAGGAUUGGAAUCAGGAGUCGCUACGGAAAUGGGGUGAUGAACAUAGCUCUGGUGGUACAGUUAUUGCUCCAGGGAACAGUGAUUGUCGGCGCUCAGCAUUCUACAGACAAUUAUUCGUUCUUACAGCGCGGACAACAAAGGUCACCCUGCGAGACCCGAUGGAAAUGGCUAGCUGCAUCAUCGAAGCCGUUCUCAUGGGCAUAAUUACUGGCUGGAUCUUCCUUUCUCUCGGUGAGGACCAACCAGGGAUCCGCUCGCGCGAGGGCGCGCUCUAUACCGCUGCCGGACUACAAGGCUACCUAAUCCUCAUGUACGAGACAUACCGUCUCUCGAUCGAUAUCGAGCUCUUCGACCGGGAGCGCGGCGAGGGCGUCGUCGACGUCAUCCCCUUCUUGCUCAGCCGGCGCCUCGCGCGCCUUCUCACUGAGGAUCUCCCCGUCCCGUUUAUCUUCAGCGUGAUCUUCUACUUUAUGGCCGGUUUCCGCGCCGAUGCAGCUCAGUUCUUCAUUUUCUUCGCCAUUGUCCUACUCAACCACUAUAUCGCCAUCGCCUUUUCCUCCGUCUGCAUCUCCAUCGAUCGGAGCUUCGCUGGCGCCUCACUUAUCGGUAACCUGAAUUACACCAUCCAGAGUCUUGCCUGUGGAUACUUCAUUCAGAGUAACACCAUCCCGGUGUAUGUGCGCUGGCUUAAAUGGACAAGUUACGUCUACUAUGCCUUUGGUGCUCUGUGCGCCAACGAGUUCGUUGGGCACUUUUAUGAUUGCCCGCUCGAAGGCGGCGAGGCCAACCCGGAGUGCAAGCAGUUUACAGGCGCCUAUGUGAUGGACUCGCUCGGUUUCCCUCACGAUUGGGUAUCCACACCCAUCCUGGCGCUCCUCGGCUUCGCAAUCCUUUUCUAUAUCCUUGCCGGCCUCGGGCUACGCUACAUACCAGUCGAAAUGGCAAUCGGGCGCGCGCGCAACUCGGAUGCAGAUUUCUCGUCCGGAAAAGAGAAAAUGAGCGUGCGUUCGGUAGAGGAAGUGCGUGCUAUCGAGAUUGGAUUAUUGAGCUUCGCUCUCGAGCUCGAUAAGCGGACUGCGCUGGGGAAGAAGCUACCGCGGAAGACGAUCUUGAAUCCCGUGGACGCCACAUUCAAGGCCGGCGUGCUGAAUGUCAUCAUGGGCCCGUCAGGGAGCGGGAAGACAUCCCUCCUCAACGCCAUGGCGCUACGGCUGUUUGACAGGAUGGGCACGACCUACCUCCGCAGCGGGUCCAUGACCUUCAACGCAGCCGUGCCCUCGAACGCGGUCAUUCGCAGUGUCUGCUCCUACGUGUGCCAAGACGACGAUGCACUCCUCCCCUCCCUCACCGUUCGCGAAACCCUCCGCUACGCUGCGGUCCUACGUCUCCCCUCCCAUAUGACGACCGCUGAGAAACACGACCGCGCCGAAGCCAUCCUCCUCAAAAUGGGCCUCAAAGACUGCGCCGACAAUAUCGUCGGCUCCGACUUAAUCAAGGGCAUCAGCGGCGGCGAAAAGCGCCGCGUCACCAUCGCAGUCCAGAUCCUCACCGACCCGCGCGUUCUCCUCCUGGACGAACCCACCUCGGGCCUCGACGCCUUCACCGCCGCAUCCAUCAUGGACGUCCUCCGCGGCCUAGCGAAUGAAGGACGCACACUCAUCCUCACUAUCCACCAGGCUCGCUCAGACCUCUACGCACACUUCGGGACUGUGCUCCUCCUCGCGCGCGGCGGCGAGCCCUGCUAUGCUGGCCCGGGAAGCGGUAUGAUGGCACACUUCUCGGCGCUGGGGCAUCCGUGUCCUGCGCGCACGAACCCGGCGGAUUUCGCGCUCGAUCUUAUUACCGUCGAUUUACAGGCCGCAGAUAGGGAGGCAUCGAGCCGAGAUCGCGUCGAGGGGUUGAUUGCUGCGUGGGGGGGGGAGAAACCAGCCGUUGUAGCUGCGCCGGCGACGAUUGCGACGCCUGCGGAGCUAGGUGCGCUGAUGCGAGCUCCGGCGCCAUUUCGUACAGCUUACCCGCUCCUCGUGCGGCGGUCACUCGUCAACCUACGCCGUCAGCCUGAGCUACUCAUCGCGCGAAUCAUGCAAGUCGUCGGGGUAGCCAUAAUCUUCACCCUCUUCUUCGCACCCCUCAAAUUCGACUACUUCAGCGUCCAGAACCGCGUCGGUUUCAUCCAAGAAUUCUGCGCGCUCUACUUCGUCGGCAUGCUCCAGAACGUCGCCGUAUACCCCGCAGAAAAGGCAGUCUUCUACCGCGAGCAUGAUGAUGGCGUGUAUAGCGUUGAGGCGUUCCUGGCGCAGUAUACGACGGUCGAGAUCCCGUUUGGGAUUGUGACGUGUAUCGUUUUUGCGGUGUUGGCGGAUCUAGCGGGGGGGUUGCCGAGGACGGCGCAGGUGUUUUGGGUGGUGUUUUUUAAUUGCUUUUGUAUUGUUACUUGUGGGGAGAGUUUGGGGAUUGUGUUCAACACCUUCUUCUCCCACUCCGGCUUCGCCCUCAACCUCACCUCCAUCAUCCUCUCCAUCUCCCUCAUCAUGUCCGGCAUCCUCUCCAUCUCCAUGCCCGCCUUCCUCCGCGGCGUCAACCACCUCUCCCCCCUCCGCUACGCCAUCCGCAACCUCGCGCCGUACACCCUCCGUCCCAUCACUCUAACAUGCACGGCUGCGCAAGCCCUGCCAGACGGUACCUGCACCGUCCCGGAUGGCGAGGCAGUGUUGGCGCUAUUUCGCCUGGACGGGAAUGAGAGGUUGGAGUUGUUGGGGGUGGCGAUUGCGACGGUGCUGUAUCGGUUGUUGGCGUGGGCGCUGUUGAGGGGGACGAGGACGCAUUGGGGGGAUGUUUGGGGGAGGUUGGUGGGGAAGGGGUAG